AUGAAUCGUUAUUUUACAUUUCAAAUGAUAUUUAUAUUUUUCCCUUUGAUAAUACUAAUAUCUGGUCGAGCAUUAUAUUAUGAUGAAUUAAAUGACGAUACUAAUACACGACUAACCUUAAAUGAAGAUGAAGACUUCCAAUCACAACUACCGAAUAUGUUAAAUGAGAAUGACAAUGAUAAUGAUAUUGAUGAUGGUAAUUUAUCUUUUGAUUCUUAUGAAGAAAAAAAAUAUCAUGACCAACAAAGAUUUACUCGAUCUGGAGAAUCAAAUACAAUAUCACCGCAUACUCGAGAAGCAAUAAUGGAUAUUCUUGAAAAAGCUUUUAAUCAAGGAUGGAGACCCAAUUUAAAACAUUAUAAUCCAUCAACACGUUUUGGUCGUCAUCGACGGUGA